GUGCCGCUGGACGGGGGUGAACCCCAGACGGCAGAGUCCGAAGAAGUUGGCUCGGACAGCCCGGGCUUGGUUGCUGCAGAGGCGGCCAGGACUUCGGCAGAUCCAGAGCCUGCUACGCGAGAAGACGAGGUUUCCAGUGCCGCUGCGGAUCCAGAGCACAUUGCAUGCAGCGGAGAAGACGAGGUCGAGGAAGACAACGAUUUCGAUGAGAUGGAAGUA